GUAAUAUUCUUCAUGCCUUCGAAGUUACCCUCUUUCUGCUUCACCACUGUACUGCUUUUGUUAAAGGUUCUCUGUGUAUCUCUAUAAAAGUGGUCAGCAAGAAAAACCAGAAGAAAGAAAUGGAGAACCAUUAGAGAGAAUUGUAAUAGCUAGUUGUUAGACAGCAGCAACUUCAUUUUCAGAAUCUAAGCAAGCAGAGGUUCUGACCUCUGAAAGUUCAGGAAACAGAUGAUUGUGCCUAAGAAUUGAGGCACGGAGAAGAUCAGCCUGACAGAGCCACCUUACGGAACAGAUGAAGGCUUCUUGCACAGAUACGGCAUGAGCUUGGAGGAUCUGGAGAGUCUUGUGAAGCAACGGCUCAGUGAGAACGCUAUACGUCUUGAGGAAGAUAGUUCAGAUGGAGAAACUAUUGGACUUGCUGUGGGAGAAACUUUCUCGACAGACGUGAUAUUGGUGUUUUCAGUGGUGAGGCACUCAACACAGCAGCGGGAUGCAGUCCUGCAGGAGGCAGCACGGACCCAACUGAGAAUUUCAGAAAGCAACAGCCAGCAGGUGGCUGAGCUAUUCAAGGACCUCUCAGCCAGGCUGGUCUCCAUUCACACUGAAAGGGAUUGCUUUGUGAUCACCUUUAAGACAGUGGAGGAAAUCUGGAAAUUCUCUAGCCACCUUGCUCUUGGUCAUGUGGCACACUCUCUGGAGAACUUUCUCUUUGACCAGACUUUCUGGCUGGACACCACUCUCAUCAAUGAUGUGAAGAUCUGUGUUUCUGCUAGUGAGGAGCACCUUGCCACUGUCUACCUUGGAUUACUCCUGCAGGAAGGAAGCUUCUAUGCUAAAGCUCUGGUCAAUACUUCAGGCCUGGGUGAUGAAGACUUCAGCACCAGGAAGAAUGAUCUGAUGUUGGUGAGGAACAUUGGACUUCAGAACCAGUGGGAGGGCAUGGUGCUUUCUACUGGGCGCUGUGGCCUGGUACCUGUGGAGGCCGUGCAGCCGCUCUCCUACCCCUUCUACCAAUGGUUCCUCAAGACUUACCCUGGCAAUGCUGGAUGUCCACCUCCUGACAACCACCAUUUUCCAACUUCCAUUGGCACUGGCAGCUGCAUUGCUUUGGUGGACAGCAAGACACUGGAGACUGAUGAGCUCAGCUUCAAAAAAGGUGAUCGCAUUGAGGUUUUGGGAUUUCUGCUCUCCAGCCUCGACUGGUUUGUGGGCAAAAACAUCUCAACUGGGAAAAGAGGCUUUGUCCAGAAAAAGCAGGUGGAGCCAGUGCAUGUGCGACCUCUGGAUGCUUGGUUACUGUUUGUGAGUGAAGAUGAGAUGAAAUCACUGACCUUGUCUGAUCCUAGUGAUGGACAAGGCUGCCAGAGUCUCCUCGGCGAGCUUUUAAAAAGUGACAUCAGCACAGUUUACAGAUUGAACAGGCUUGCUGGUUGUGAAUUUCCAGAUGUGAAGAACAAACCAAAGCCAGAAGACAGAGACUCACAAAGAGUUCUGGGACGAUCUCCUUCUGAAAAACUCCAAAACGGCCUUCGUGAUGACCCUUCUAAAGAAGCAUCCCCUUGCAGCUUACCAGGUAGAGCAUACCUACCCUGUUUGGAAGACACUUUUCAAGAAAUGGACACCCCCGAAGAUGAUCCAAGAUUCUUGGUGGACCUAAACACUUGGGAUGUGGAGAACUUGGAGGCAUUUGAUCCAUUGCUUACUUACCUCAACCAGGACACAUUUGUGGUGCCAUUCCUCACCUUAUAUGACCUCUUCUUCUCCUUCCUGAAGUCCACAUUUUAUGGUUUUUCAGAAGAAGAGGACCUUGUUCAGUAUUUGGAAUGUGCCCGUGAAUGGGCGAGAAGGAGUAGGAUGCUCUGGGCACUCAGGAGGAUCUGCUUCCUGCUGGGUAGACUAUGUGCCAAAAAGCUGAAGUUUUCCCAGGCUAGGGUUUACUUUGAGGAAUCCCUGGCUGUAUCGGUCAGUGGAUUUGCUGACCCUUUUCUAUUAAGUGCCUUGUAUGUAAAUCUGGCCGCCAUCUAUCUGAAACAAAAAAAUCCAGAGAAGUUAGAGUGCAUCUUAGAGAAAGCCAACACACUGCUGGUGUGCAUACCGCAGCACCUCUUUAGUUCAGUGCAUGAGUUUGAGGUUCUGAAGCUUGUCAUGAGGAAAGCCAUCAUGAGCAAGGACACACUUCUGGAAGCCCGCUGCUGCUUCCUGGCCUCUGUACUCUUUUUAAAACUACACAAGAAUGAUGAAGCUCUGCCAUUUGUGGAGCGCCUUCAGUUUCUUUCCAUCAGUCUUUCUACUCACAGAGCUGUGGCUCCCAUGGACCUCAACUGGAUGCUUUGUAAAUUGUACUCCAAAAAGUACCUGCCACAUCUGGCCUUGGCAUCACUUAGGCUAGUACCAGCUCAAGCUACUUCACCAGAGGCUGCCCUGCACAAGGUGGAGCUUUUUAUUAAAAACAAUUUCCGCCUGUAUGGCCAUGGUGCUGUUGAUGAGGUGCCCCUGCAUGCGCAGGUCACACUGUAUCUUAAAGAAGCCCUUGAUAUAGCCAAGCUAAAUGGAGACAUUAAAGCAGAGCGAGACCUGUGUCUUUGUCUGGUCAGCAUUUUCCAGCAGUACAAGGCAUUUGGGGAAGCGGUCCGAUAUGCUGAGGCUGCAAUGGUCACUAGCAGACAAAUAAAUGAAGAGGAAGCCUUCAGAGCUGCAGUGCUGUUGGCCUGGCUACACAUCCUCAAUGGUCAGAGGAACCGUGCCAAAGAAAUGCUGAGGCAGCUGCUUGAGUGGCUACAUGAGACUGAUGGUCCAACACAACAGGGGGUGGUACAUAACCUGCUGGCUAUCUGCCUGAGUGAAGAAAAUGAUGUCCAGGGAGCUGCCAGAAACUUUCACUGGGCGGUGAGAAAAGCACAGGAGACAGGAAACAAGAGGAAUCAAGCCCUGGCACUGGCCAACCUUGGCUGUCUCACCCUGGCUCUCAAGGCCUACACCCUGGCAGAAAAGUACCUGCUUGAGGCACUGAGACUGUUUGCUGGACUUCUGGAUAGUGGGACUGAUGCUGAGCAUGUGCAGGUGUGUCUUUGGCUGGCCACAUGCUAUGCAGACUCACAAAGGCCAGAGGAUGCAAGGUUAUGUUAUGAGAUUGGUUUGCUGAUGGCAAUGGCUGCCAAAAACAUGCAGAGUCAACUACUGGCUGCCCAGGCUCUGAGCUGUUUUUAUGAACGGGUCCUGCCAAACCACAGCUGCUGCAUCCUCUACUAUGAACACUGUCUCACUUUGUCCCAGCAGCUGAAGAACAAACAGCUUGAGGGGUCACUGUUGGAUAUCCUGAGUGAGUUGUACCUGUCACUGCAUGCUGAAAAGAUGUACACAACUUCUCUGGAUUAUACCAAGCAGAGCCUAAGAAUCUCUAUUGACCUUGGGAUGAAAGACAAGGAGGCCAAGGCAUGGCUCCGGGCAGGAAAGACUUAUUACAGGAUGGGAGAGGAUGAGCUGGUAGAAAUGUAUCUGCAGGCAGCUGUUCAAAUCGCUCAGAAAACUAAAAAUACACAUUUCAUCUUGAGGAUUUAUGAGGAAGCAGGAGAUGUUUUCUAUGAAGGGGACAGAAAUCGGCAAAUGGCAAUCAACUUUUAUAAGGAUGGUGCUAUCUGCCUAGCAAGAAGCAUGGGAAAUCUCGACACAGAACUUCGCUUGGUCAACAAACUCGUUGACCUUCAUGUAGCUAUGAAGCAGUUUGAGGAGGCCUUGCCACAUGCUAACCUGGCAGUGAGACUUAGCUCAUUCACAGGAGAUCAACUGAAGGAACGCUCAUCCCUUCAUCGGCUAGCUUCAGUGCACUUCUCAUUAGAGCAGUAUGAACUAGCAGAAAAUUAUUAUUUGAAGGCCCUCUCCUUCACCCCCUUGCUUUUAAAUAAAGCGGACCAGGCCAGCUAUUUUGCUAAAGUCUACUACAAGCUGGGACAGCUGACUUUGCACAAACUGAAGGAUGCCUUUGAUGCUUCAGGUUACUUCCAGCUGGCCCUGGCUGCUGCUCUUGAGGACAAACAGGCUGAAAGCUUAAUUUGCACUCGACUAGGAGAGAUAUACUCCAGUUUUCUGCCAGAUGAGGAGAAGGCGCACUUCUUCUUUAGCAAUGUUCAGACACUCAAGAUGGACACAACUGUUUCUGAUGACACAAGACUACAGCAGAGGUGAAAAAAGAAGAGAGCUCAGAUCAGGCAUGGGCAUGCCCUGCCUCAAGAAAAGAGGGACCAGAAUUUGCAGAGUUUUGCUUUUUAAGAUAUUAUCCAGGUUAAGUGAGGAUGGACAUAAUGACGUGAGCACUUUCAGCGUUGGACUAAUUCAGCUCUGACUGACUAAAAUGGAUUGUCUUUACAAGUAGCUUACCACUUAACUAACACAAUUGCCAAGUGAAUGAUCAAGUAGUUUUGAAUGAACAGAUAUCUAAUUUUUUUUAAUUGCACACAGGAUUCUAGUCUAUUUCAUUCUGAAUGGUUUAGGCCAAAAAAUGAUGGUCACUUUUAAACUGGUAAAUGUUCCAAAUGUGUCAGCUACUUGUGUCUUGCUCUAGUAACAUGUACACUCACUUCUCAUAGCUGUCCUGGUAUUCACUGGAAUUUUCUGUGAUUAUUCAUUCAGAUAUAGGCACACUGAAAAAAAAAA